AUGUCGGAAAACAUCCUCUUCGAGAACAGCUUCAAGAUCACUGAGAUCAACAGCGCGAAAUACGAUCGAGUCUCCCGCAUAAAGGCCUUUAGCGAGGGAGGACAAGAAGUUCUCCUUACGUUGGACGUCAACAGCGAGCUUUACCCUCUCAACGUCGAGGAUCGUUGCACCAUCGCCUUAGCACUGUCACUGAACCUCGAUGGGAGCAAGGACGACGGAAAAGGAUGGAGAGAGAUUGGAAGAGGAGAGCAAACACUCGCCGACGAGUUUGACUAUGUCUGCCACGGGAAGAUCUACAGAUUCGAGGAAGGCACAGGAGACAAUAUCAAGGUUUACGUGUCCUUCGGCGGUCUGCUCCUCUACAUGGACGGUCCAUAUGCCUUGCUCAACGCGCUGAGAAUCGACUACGUUUAUUUGCUGAUGAAGAAAUGA